ACGUCCAACGAUUUGUUUCAAAAAUUUUCGAUAAUCCUGUAUGUGUUACAAAUCUCAAACUAAAACUCCAUUAAGGCUGGAACUCUGGCUGCAAUCCGAGUAUACGUACAGUUUCCCCGAGGCGGUUCCCUUUUUUUUAAUAUUUCUACACACACGCGCCUAUGAAAGAUAUUAUGUAUGUACAUUGUACAUAAACGUUGCUAUCGCACGUGUCUAAAUCAAACGAGACGACGGUAUUGGCUGUCCGAUCGCUAUCGUCAACCAGUCAUCGUGACAACGUCGGUAACCGAAAGGCGCGGAAAGAACGGCUUUGGCGUCUGGCGAUUAGUCAGACCGCAGUCCACGUUGGCGUCGGUCGAUUCUGCGGCUCUUGACUCUCUUGAGAAUCUCUUCGAGCGUCGCGAUUGAACAGUGAACUUUGUUUACGCGCCGAACAAUGAAAGACACAAUGGAUGAGAAUCAAGAGACCGACGUGUCCGCGCUGUGCAUCGACGUGUCGAGGGUGAAAUCGUUGGCCGGAGAAUCGCGGAAGUCUGAGUGUGGCAAUGCACACGAUGCCGAUCCCGGUGGAUGGACCCCGUUGCUGGUACUGGGCGGUGCCACUUGCUGCCUGGGAUCAGCACUGCCAGCAGGGUAUAACAUAGGCGUCAUGAACAAUCCAGCUCAUCUCAUGCAAUCGUUCUGCAAUGAGAGUGUCAGGGAAAGAUAUAACGUACAGCUGUCCAGUCAUGAGCUCCAGAUACUCUGGUCCGCCAUCGUGUCGGUCUUCCUUGUCGGAGGUGUGUCCGGAUCGUUGAUUGCUAGCUGGCUGAGCGACAGAUUCGGACGGAAAGGCGCGCUGAGCUUCGGAAAUCUCUGCGGGAUCGUAGGAGCCGUUCUAUUCAUGCUCGUACGAACUGUGAAUUCGAUCGAGCUUUUCCUACUCGGCCGAGUGAUCGUCGGACUUUCCGGCGGUCUAGCUACUGCCUUGCUCCCGAUGUACAUGACAGAAAUAGCACCUCUAAAAUUGAGAGGCGCCGUCGGGGUCUUGUGCCAAUUGGGCAUCACGUGCGGCGUGCUGAUGGGCCAGGUCGCCGGACUCGAGACUGUUCUGGGCACUCCCGAAUCCUGGCACAUAAUGCUAGCGUCUUUCUCACCGCUGUGCCUCGCUGCAUUAUUACUGACUAUCGUUUUGCCAGAAAGUCCAAAGUAUCUGUACAUUACAAGAGGGGAACAGGGAAAGGCUCUUAAAGAGCUCAGUCGUUUGCGCAACAUGGACAUAAUGCUCCUGCAAAACGAGAUCUCCAGCUUGCAGCAAGAACUAGCGAUGAGAUCGACAAGCAAACCGUGGAACAUUAAGCGCGUGUUGGAAGAGCCGACCGUGAGACUGCCUCUAUUCCUAGUGUGCCUCAUGCAAUUUUGUCAGCAGCUCAGUGGCAUUAACGCAGUUUUUUACUACUCGAACAUAAUAUUCCACAAAGCUGGUCUGGGAAUUAACGGCGCUCAAUACGCGACUCUGGGCACUGGUGUCGCGAACAUCGGGAUGGCUGUGAUCUCCGUGCCGAUAAUGUCGUUAUUCAGCAGACGAAAAGUACUGUUCCUGAGCUGUUACUUAUGCGUGGGAUGCCUCAUCACUCUGUGCGCCUCUAUCGCGCUAAUCCACGUGACCUCGUUCAUGCCAUGGCUCUGCACCGUCGCGGUGCUGGCAUACGUUAUAUUUUACGGUAUCGGUCUCGGCCCUAUACCGUUUUUCAUCGGCUCCGAGCUAUUCGACGUAGGUCCCAGGCCUGCCGCUAUGUCGUUAGGUAGCGUGUUCAAUUGGGGAGGUAACUUCCUCGUCGGGAUGAUGUUCCCCUCGUUAGAAGCCGCGAUCGGCCCGUACGUCUUCCUGAUCUUCGCUGCGAGCACGCAGAUCUUGGUGCAGGUCAAUCGAGUCUACCUGCCCGAGACGCGGGGUCGAAGCACGACGGAUAUAGCGGCAGCUAUGACUCAAGGUUUCAAAUCAAGACCGAACGCAACACUCGCUGCAGCGUAGCCCGAACGCUUCAUAUGUAGCUCGACUAAGUAUUUUUUAUACAGUUUUUUAACGAAAUCAACAAAUCAUUGCCACACGUCGCUCGCCACGUGAGUGACAACUCGCGCGUUACUCAUAUCUGGUUCAUGCGAUCGCGCAUCUGUAAAAAGAAAAAAGGGACGCGAGAUUAAUUUAUUCGGACGAGAUUCAAGUGCACUAUGCGGGCGAAUUUUAUAUACUAUUGACUAUUUAUACAUAAAUAUAUAUAUGUA